AUGGCUGGAAAUGAUGUGGUGAUGGGUUCAGGUGGAGGUAGCAGCAGCGGUAGCGGCAGGAAUGGAGGUGGGAAUCAGCGUGAGGAUGCUGGAAAGUAUAUGAGGUACACUGCCGAACAGAUUGAGGUUCUUGAGAAAGCGUAUGCUCAGUGUACAAAGCCGAGCUUGUCACGCAGGAAGCAACUGAUCGACGAGUACCCGAUUCUUGCUAACAUUGAUCAGAAUCAGAUCAAAGUCUGGUUUCAGAACCGCAGGUGCCGAGAUAAGCAGAAGAAUGAAGCUAUCCAACUUCAGUUAGUGAACGAGAAAUUGAUUGCAACAAACAAGUUUUUGAUGGAAGAGAAUGAUCGCCUUCAGAAACAGGUGUCACAGCUGGUGCUUGAAAAUGAAAAUAUGCGGCAACAACUGCAAUAUGUAUCUGUAGCAAUUCCUAACACAAGGAACGAGGCAACGGUUAACUCUUCUCAACAUUCUGUAAUGGCUGUUGAGAAUCCCACAGGACUCCUUGCGGUAGCAGAGGAGACCAUGCAAGAGUUCCUUCUAAAAGCUACAGGAACUGCUAUUGAAUGGGUCCCAAUUCCUGGAAUGAAGCCUGGUCUGGAUUCGGUCGGGCUUGUUGCUAUUUCACAUAAUUGUGGCGGAGUGGCUGCACGAGCCAGCAGUUUAGUAUCUUUGGAACCUACUAAGAUAGCGGAGAUUCUCAAAGACCGUUCAUCUUGGUUCCGUGAUUGUCGAAACCAAGAAGUCUUCGCCAGGUUUUCUGCUGGAAAUGGGGGAACAAUUGAACUGAUCUACAUGCAAUUUUAUGCUCCUACUACACUGGUUCCUGCAUGUGAUUUCUGGACGCUGAGAUAUACAUUAACUUUUGAAGAUGGCAGCCUUGUGGUAUGUGAGAAGUCGAUGUCUGGUUCUGGUGCUGGGCCAAGCCAAUCUCUUGUUUCACAAUUCAUAAGAGCUAAGAUGCUGGCUAGUGGAUAUUUGAUUCGACCAUGUGAGGGGGGAGGGUCAAUAAUUCACAUCGUGGAUCACCUGGAUUUUGAGGCGUUGAGUGCUCCUGAGGUGCUGCGACCUCUUUAUGAGUCAUCCAAACUUGUGGCUCAGAAGAUUACAGUUGCUGCACUGCACCAUAUUGGGCAAAUGGCUCAAGAAAAAAAUUCUGGGGUAACACAUGCUUUGGGCAAGCAGCCUGCUGUUUUGCGAUCUUUUAGUCAAAGAUUAAGCAGGAGCUUCAAUGGUGCUGUCAAUGGAUUCAGCGAUGAUGGCUGGUCAUUGUUGAACUGCGAUGCUGCUGAAGAUGUAAUAUUAUGUGUUAAAUCAACCAAGAACUUGAAAACCAUUUCAAAUUCUAGUAGUGCUCUUUCCUUGUCUGGAGGAAUCCUUUGUGUGAAAGCCUCCAUGCUACUCCAAGAUGUUUCUCCUGCAAUCUUGGUUCGGUACCUGAGGGAGCACCGCUCUGAGUGGGCCGAUUUCAGUGUUGAUGCACAUUCUGCUGCAUCAUUGAAAGCUGGCUCAGUUGCAUUACCAAAAUUAAACUCCACCCAGUUCUCUAGUAGCUCUAUUGUGCUUGGCCACACAGUGAAUGAUGAAGAGAUAUUGGAAAUCAUUCAACUUGAAGGCCAUGCUCUCAACCAAAAAGAUGCUUUCCUAUUCCGAAAUACAUAUCUUUUGCAGCUUUGUAACGGAAUAGAAGAGGAAGCUGUUGGAGCCUGCUCAGAAUUAAUUUUUGCUCCAAUUGAUGAAAUGCUCCCAGAUGAUGCCCUGUUGCUGUCCUCUGGCUUUCGGAUCUUACCUUUGGAUUCAAAAACAGUUGACUCACUGGACUCAUUGACUGCUCAACAGACAAUGGACCCGGCAUCAAAUUUUGAAGUAUAUGCAGCUACAAGGCACAUCCCUGGAGGCUCAUCUUCAUCAAAAGAUUCUAGUGUGAUGCUGAUUAUUGCCUUUCAGUUCCCUUUUGAGAGCCAUCUUCAAGAGAGUGUUGCAACCAUGGCUCAACAAUACAUCCACAAUAUAAUUGCCACUGUCCAAAGGGUUUCCAAGGCAAUAACACCAUGUGGAUUGAAUCCCCAUGUCGGGGUUAAGCUAACUCCAGGCUCUCCUGAAGCUGUUGCCCUUGCUAAUUGGAUAUGCCAAAGCUAUAGUUCCAGUUUAGGUGCUGAGUUGCUGACCUCCAAUUGCCAAAAUGAUGAUUCGGUGUUCGAACAACUCUGGCAUUAUCCGAAAGCCAUAUUGUGUUGUUCAUUCAAGUCGCUUCCAGUUUGCUUAUUUGCCAACCAAGCAGGGCUUAGCAUGCUGGAGACCACACUAAUGGAUCUGCAGGACAUUACACUCGAAAAGAUCUUUGAUGAGUCUGGCCUGGGGGCACUGUAUUCCAUUGUUCCAAUUCUUACAGAGCAGGGUUUCGCUAGUCUGCCAACUGGAACAUGCAUGUCAGCAAUGAGGCGUCUUGUUUAUUAUGAACAGGUGAUUGCUUGGAAAGUCGUCGAUGAUGGGGGUGCUCUGCACUCCCUUGCCUUUGCAUUCCUUAAUUGGACAUUUUUAUAGGAAGAAUUGUUCAGUGCAACAGUCCUGGUGUAACAUAGAAACAACUGUAUAUGAUCUCCCCCGCUUGAGAUUAGGUUUUGCGGGGGUGUUUAUGUGAGAGAGAGAGAGACCCUUGCAUGUAGUCUCCACCUGACAUGUUAUAAAUUAUUAUUAAAGGGACUUGGAAUUUGUGUAGGGUAUUUUUUUUUUUUAUCUUUUAUUAUUAUUUUUUUUUAUGAUUUUGGUUUUGGGUUGAAUAAUUUUUAGAGGACAGCAGAUUGCGGGCUCUUUUAUUCUAGCCACCAUUUGGUUCCAUUUCUUUGUAUUGUCUGCCAGUAUUAAAAAAAUUGCACCAUUAAAAAACAGAGAGUAAUCUUGGGCAGUUUGAAAAUAUUUUUUGACGCAUGU